ACCCCAUGACUAUUCCCAAUUUCACAUGAUAAAGCAUCCCCAACGGGGGAAAAGAGAAAGAAGCCAUACAGGAGUAAGAUUGGAGGCCUGCUGGGAGCACAAAACCAAAGAUCGACCAAGAACGCCAUGGGAGAUGAGCUUCGUAAGACAGAGAAGGCAGCACCACCCUUGAAGCCACACUUUGUGCUGGUGCAUGGUAUAAGUGGGGGAGGUUGGUGCUGGUACAAAAUCAGGUCCCUCAUGGAGCAUUCCGGUUUCAGGGUUUCGUGUAUUGACCUUAAAAGUGCCGGAAUAGAUCAAACCGAUCCUGAUUCCCUUCUUUCUUUCGAUGAUUACAAUAAGCCACUCAUGGACUUCAUGUCUAGUUUGCCCGAUGAUGAACAGGUUAUCUUAGUGGGACAUAGUGCCGGAGGACUGAGUGUAACUCAGGCUACACAUAAGUUUGCAAAGAAAAUCUUCCUAGCGGUGUAUGUGGCAGCAACCAUGCUCAAAUCGGGCUUCCUUACAGAUGAAGACGUCAAAAUUGGAGUACCCGAUCUAUCUGAAUUUGGGGAUGUUUACGAAUUAGGAUUUGGAUUGGGUCCGAAUCAACAUCCAACAAGCGCCCUUGUCAAGCAGGAAUUUCAACGAAAAAUCAUCUACCAUUUGAGCCCCCGAGAGGAUUCAACCCUAGCUGGGAUGCUUUUGAAGCCAGGACCAUUCAAAGCAUUACACACUGCUCGUUUUCCAGGAGAUCAUAACAUAGAUAUGGUGCCGCGGAUCUACAUCAAGACUGCGCACGAUCGGGUGGUGAAACCGGAACAACAAGAUGCAAUGAUAAAAAAGUGGCCACCAUCCCAUGUGUAUGUUUUGGAUAGCGAUCACAGCCCCUUCUUCUCCACACCAUUUCUGCUCUUCGGCUUCCUUCUCAAGGCUUUAGCUUCUUUUGGUUAAUUUCAGUGUUCGACAUAUAUAUAUAUAUAUUCUCUAUUUAUCGCCCUAGGUCUCUUACUAUUUAUCUCCACACAAUUUCUGUCUCAGUCCUCGAAUGAAGGACAUGGGCUAUGGGUCUUGGUCCAGUUUAAUUUCAUUUACAAUUUUAAAUUCAACAUGUAUUUGGACUAUAAUAUAGUUAGUGGGCCUUAGUUUUAUUUUCUCGUAUGCUUUUAGUGUGUUAGCCUGGGCCCAUGUAAGGGUCAUCUCCUUUAUGUAUGAGCCAAUGUAUCUAGGGUUCAUCUAUCCAGAAAGUUAAUGAAAAUUCCUAUUUCCUUUCCCUUA